AUGGUCGAUCGUCGUUUACUUUUUGUUUUCAUAGUUGUAGUACUGUUUGUUUCAGUAUUACAUGCUGAACGUGCUCGUUAUGAUAAUCUACAAGAUGAAGAACAAGAAAUAGAUUCCUUAAAUGAUAAUAAUUAUGAAGAAGAUCUUAUUGAAACAGUUAAACGUUUUUUGGGAAUGAAAAAAAAGACAACUACUCCAAAACCAAGCUCGGAUGCAAUUAUAGCUUUAUUUUCAGCAACUCCAUCGACUGGAACUACAUCAGCAACAAAAUCAUCAAUUUAUGAUGAUAAGUACGGCAGGAAAACAAGUAGCAGCACUACUUCUCGUUAUGGAAGAUACAGUAGCACAUCCCGAUAUGAUCGUACAACAAAAUCACCAGGUAAAGAUGCAUGUGGAUUCACCAGUCCAUGUGAACAUGGUGGUACAUGCAAAACAUUGUCAAGUGGACGAUACUAUUGCUUUUGUACACAAGAUUAUUAUGGAAAAAAUUGUGAACAUAAAUUUUCAAGUAGUGGUUCGAGUAAUGAUGAUCGAAGACGUAAAGAUCAUUGCGCGAGCUCUCCUUGUCGAAAUUCAGGUGAAUGUGUUGGAUUACGUACAACAUAUUAUUGUCGAUGUAAAACACCUUACUAUGGAACAAAUUGUGAUAAACGUAUUUCAAAACGUGAAGAAUUUGUGGAUGAAUCAAGCGCAUCUGAACAAGAUUUACAAGAAUAUAAACGAGAUUUACAAGAAGAUACAGAAGAUUUACGACGAGCCAUUGCUAAUGAAAAUAUGCUUGAAAAUAUUGAAUAG